CUUCCGCUUCCUUUCCCGUCCCGCGCCUUUCCUUCCCCCGCGCGGGUGAGCUCCAUGGUGGAGCGGGGGCGCGCACCGGCAGGGGGCGCGCUGGCGGCGGGGCGACGCUCUGGGCCGCUGACUUCCGGGUGUCAGUGGCCAGAGGGAUCGGGGCCCUCCAUGGCGCGGCCGCGCCGGGCCCGGCGGGAGGGCGGCGGAGCGGCGCUGCCCCGCUGAGCAGCCGCGGCCCCCCGACAUGGAGCCCGAGACGCUGGAGGCGCGCAUCAACAAAGCAACAAACCCCUUGAACAAGGACCUGGACUGGGAUGGUAUCAAUGCGUUCUGCGAGCAGCUCAAUAAGGAGCUGGAGGGUCCUCCACUUGCCACCCGACUUCUUGCCCACAAGAUCCAGUCUCCGCAAGAAUGGGAAGCGAUCCAGGCCCUCACGGUGCUGGAGUCUUGCAUGAAGAGCUGUGGCAAACGCUUCCAUGACGAGGUGGGCAAGUUCCGCUUCCUCAAUGAGCUCAUCAAGGUGGUGUCACCCAAGUAUCUUGGCAGCCGGACACCAGAAAAAGUGAAGUCAAAGAUCCUGGAGCUGAUGUACAGCUGGACACUAGGGCUGCCCCACGAGGUGAAGAUCUCAGAAGCCUACCAGAUGCUGAAGAAACAAGGAAUUGUGAAGUGUGACCCAAAACUGCCCGAUGAUGCUCCUUUUCCACCGCCACCCCCUCGGCCCAAGAACAUCAUCUUUGAUGAUGAAGAAAAAUCCAAGACACUGGCUCGGCUCUUGAAAAGUUCCCAUCCCGAGGACCUCCGGGCUGCUAACAAGCUCAUCAAGGAGAUGGUUCAGGAGGACCAGAAGCGCAUGGAGAAGAUCUCCAAGAGAGUGAAUGCCAUUGAGGAGGUGAACAACAAUGUGAAGCUGCUGACAGAGAUGGUGACAAACUACAGCAAGGGGGAGACAACAGAAAGCAAUGAGGACCUAAUGAAGGAGCUGUAUCAGCGCUGUGAGCGCAUGAGGCCCAUGCUCUUCCGCCUUGCCAGUGACACAGAAGACAAUGAUGAAGCUCUGGCGGAGAUCCUGCAAGCCAAUGACAAUCUAACACAGGUGAUCAAUCUCUACAAGCAGCUUGUACGGGGAGAAGAGAUCAAUGGGGAGACAGUGGCUGCUCCCCUUCGAGGCAGCACCUCAGCGCUUCUGGAUCUGUCUGGCCUGGAGCUUCCAGCAACAUGCCCUUCCUACCCAGCCUUGCCCACCGUUUCAGGUGGCUCAGCAGUCCCCAUGCCUGACCAGGCUGGCUCUGUCUCCUUGCUGGAUGAUGAACUCAUGUCUUUAGGCCUGAAUGACCCAGCACCACAUGCUGCCCAGGCCAGUGACACCAGUGGCUGGAACAGCUUCCAGUCAUCAGAUAGCAAUGAGCUCGGUAUCACCCCUAUCACAGCAACACCACCAGUCAAAGCAGAUGCCGGUGCAUCCUCCCCCAAACCUUCUCCUAGCAGCAGUGGCCUGGAUGACCUGGACCUCCUGGGCAAGACUCUGCUGCAGCAAUCUUUGCCUCCAGAGUCUCAACAAGUGCGAUGGGAGAAGCAGCAGCCACCCCCUCGGCUCACCCUGAGGGAUCUGCAGAACAGGAGCAGCUCUGGCACCACAGCCCACAAUUCCAGCACUCCACCUGUGCUCCAGAGUGUUUCCCCUAACCCCACACUGCCCCUGACCUCAGAGCUGCCUGCCCCUGCUACACUUCCGAAAGCUGCCACCACACCAGCAGGAAGUACUGCAGUGCCACCACGGCCUCCUGCCACUGCGCUGCCCCAGGAGAUCUCGCUGGCCAACAUCACUGUGCCUCUGGAGUCAAUCAAACCCAGCAGCAUUCUCCCUGUGACAGUGUAUGAUCAACAUGGCUUCCGUGUCCUCUUCCACUUUGCUAAGGAUGCCCUGCCCGAGAGGCCUGAUGUGCUUGUGGUGGUGAUUUCUAUGCUCAGCACGGCCCCGCAGCCCAUCCGCAACAUUGUCUUUCAGUCUGCCGUCCCCAAGGUAAUGAAGGUGAAGCUACAGCCUCCCUCAGGCACGGAGCUGCCAGCGUUCAAUCCCAUUGUCCACCCCAGUGCCAUCACCCAAGUCCUGCUGCUCGCUAACCCGCAGAAGGAAAAAGUGAGGCUACGGUACAAGCUGACCUUCACCAUGGGAGAGCAAACCUACAAUGAAAUUGGGGAUGUGGACCAGUUUCCCCCACCAGAGUCCUGGGGAAACCUCUAGAGCCACAUGUUGCAGGCACUACACUGCAGAUUCCUCGGGAAGCCAACCCUGCAGGGCUGGAGCAGCCUGAGGAGAUGGG